AUGCGUUACGCAGCGGCUUACGUUCUUGCAACACUUGCUGGUAAUACCAAUCCCGAUGUAGCCACCAUCUCGAAGAUUCUUGGCAGCGUUGGUGUCGAUUGUGACAAUACCAAAGCACAAAAAGUCAUCGAUGCAUGCAAAGGAAAGAAUAUCGAUCAAAUCAUCGAAGAAGGUACAAAGAAGUUGUCCAGUUUACCAACAGGUGGUGCAGCUGUAGCAGCAAGUGGAAGUGCAGCUCCUGCAGCAGCAGCUGAUGCAAAGAAAGGUGCUGCUAAGGAAGAACCCAAGAAGGAAGAAAAGAAGAAAGAAGAGUCGGACGAAGAAGGAGACGAUAUGGGAUUUGGUUUAUUCGAUUAA